AUGACUCCACUCAGGUUUUGGUUUGCGGAAACCCCGAAGUUCCUGUCCCGCGAUGAACUCCUGCAGAUGCGGUUCAUACCGGAAAUACCAUUUGAGAUGUCCGCCAUAAUUCAGCAGAGACUCUGGAAUUCCGAGGUCUUAGCGUUGCCCGAUUGCUCCCGGAUCACGUCGGUGAAAGUGCAUGACGGAGUGCACGACAGGGAUGAGACAGAUGUCUCAGGCGGCCUUGUGUCUGAUGUGGAACACGGACCUCAUAACGGAGACGCAAUUACGCCUCACGAUCAUAAGGGAGGCCCCGUAAAGAAGCAUUCGAUAACUGAUCCCCAAGUCGUAGCUGAACAGUGGAGUAGACGGUUCAAGGUUGUGAAGAUACCCUUCACUGAACCUUUCAAACGAGGGAGAUGGACUUGUCAAGACUUCUUCGACCCCCCAGAACCGAAACAAGAAGACAAACCAGUUCAAAACCAAGCUAACACGAGUCCUGGGGAAGGUGAAGCAUCUCUAUCGGAAUCCGCGGGUGUGGCAGAUGCUCAGGCGAAAGAUGGGACAGGGGGAGUGCCCGGUUCGGGAGCCACACCAGAAGAGUCGCAGCCUAGUCAUAGUGUUGGAGGGUCGAUUCUCACUCCAGCGCCUACGCAAACACCAGCUCCCACACCCCAAGGCCAGGAGCCCAACUCCACGGCAGAUGGCAACUAUUCGGCAUGCGGAGCAGGAGGAAUCGACAACAAAAUCGAACAGGCAAUGGACCUGGUCAAAAGUCAUCUCAUGUUCGCCGUUCGAGAAGAGGUGGACGUCUUGCGGGAAAAGAUCACGGAGUUGAAUGAGAAGAAUGAGCAGUUGUUGCAAGAGAAUCAGCUUUUGAAAUCGCUGCUGACGCCGGAGCUCGCGCAAAGAUUCUCAGCCAUGCAGCACCGGACAGCUCAACGGCCUGCGCAAGCAGCCCCGAACUCUCUGCCGUCGUCGCAGAGUACGCCUAGAACGGCGCCGUCGUUGGCCGCCUUCGGGGUACCGGGACGGCCUGCUACCCCAGUCGGGACUUUACCUUCUGGGUCGGGAACGAGCGGUCCCGUCCCACCGACAACGAUAGCCACUAUGGUGGGAACGCCGGUCGGAGGUCCGGCAAAAACAACGAAUCCUCCGGGGGCGGCCGCUGCAACGUCCGGAAUGACGAACGCCUCGUCACCGAGUGCGCUGCAUCCAGCAACGAGCUUACCGGCGACUUUAGCGAGUGCGGCGGCGCCCAGUCAUCAGGGUACUCCUUCGAAAGAAGCGACACCACCCGCCGGCAGCACGAUAAAGCAGUAG